CUAGAUGUUUCGCCGUUUCUCCGUAUUUAAGGAAGAUGCACACGGGCCUUAAUCAAAUUGAAUAUUGCUUCACAUGUGCAGUUUUGCAUUUCUGCUUAUUUAAUGAAAGCGAAGUUAUAGUUUUAAAGGAAUAAAAGAAACUGGCUAUAUCUGGAAGAUAAAACAAUGACAUCUCCUAUAAAGAUAGAAAGCCCUUCCGUGCGGUACACUCCGGACUUCAUCGAAGCUGACUAUAACUACACGAAUACCACCGUCCGUCAAGACGCUAAAGGGACGUAUAUUGCGACGCCAACAAGUACAAAAUAUACCUUUAGAACACAGAGAAAGGUACCUAAGCUGGGACUGAUGCUGGUUGGUCUUGGGGGUAAUAACGGUAGCACAGUGACAGCUGCAAUUUUAGCCAAUAAACACAAAAUGUCAUGGCAUACAAAGGAAGGAAUAAAACACGCCAAUUAUUUAGGUUCAAUCACCCAAUCCAGUACAGUUUGUUUAGGAACAGGACCGAAAGGAGAAAUAUAUGUGCCACUGAAGGACAUGCUACCUAUGGUGGACCCAAAUGAUAUAGUAAUUGAUGGUUGGGAUAUCUCUUCUCUAAACCUUGCCGAUGCAAUGGAACGAGCUGAAGUUUUAGACUAUAACCUCCAAGUACAACUGCGUCCAUAUAUGGAAAGAAUCAAGCCACGCCCCUCAGUUUACUUCCCAGACUUCAUUGCUGCCAAUCAGGCGGAACGCGCUGACAACGUUAUCAAUGGAACAAAACAAGAACUACUGACAAGAAUUAGACAAGAUAUAAGGGACUUUAAAUCAACGAGUGGCGUUGACAAAGUGAUCGUAUUAUGGACAGCAAAUACUGAAAGAUACAGUGAACUUAUACCGGAAGUUAAUGGAAGCGCAGAAAUCUUACUGAACAGCAUCAAAGCAAAUGAGAGUGAAAUAUCCCCAUCUACGUUGUUUGCAGUGGCUAGCAUUCUUGAAGGGGUAACGUAUAUCAACGGUUCCCCUCAGAAUACAUUCGUACCAGGUGUUAUUGAACUGGCAGAGAAGAAGAAAGUCUUUAUUGCCGGGGACGACUUCAAAUCUGGACAGACAAAGCUAAAGUCUGUACUGGUAGAUUUCUUAGUCAGUGCGGGUAUCAAGCCCAGGUCCAUAGUCAGUUACAACCACCUUGGAAACAAUGAUGGAAAGAAUCUAAGCGCUCCGCAGACGUUCCGGUCGAAAGAGAUUUCGAAAAGCAACGUUGUUGAUGACAUGGUAGAUUCCAACAACAUUCUUUACCCAGAUGGGAGACGUCCUGACCACUGUGUUGUUAUCAAGUAUAUUCCACACGUUGGUGACAGCAAAAGGGCAAUGGAUGAAUAUACGUCUGAAAUCAUGAUGGGCGGCUCAAACACUCUAGUUAUUCAUAACACGUGCGAAGAUUCUCUACUGGCUAGUCCACUGAUAAUUGAUCUUGUUGUACUAGCUGAAGUUUUUGAACGAAUUCAGUACAGAAUUGAAGGUAGUGAGGAAUUGCAGAAUUUCAAUUCGGUUCUUUCAGUUCUGAGCUAUUUGUGUAAAGCACCACUUGUCCCCCGCGGUACGCCAGUUGUGAACUCGCUCUUUCGCCAAAGAAGUUGUAUUGAAAAUGUUUUACGCGCAUGCGUGGGUUUGGCUCCAACCAAUCACAUGCUUCUAGAGUAUAAGCAUGAGCAGGGUGCUCAGAAACGUAUGCAAAAACAAGCCAGCGAUGGAUAUUACACCAGAGGCUAACAUGACAGACUUUGAUGAAACAGAAAAAUGUUCAUUUACUUCCUGCAAUCAGCAGGCAAUUUCAUGAUUAAUCAAUAUUAACAAAUAUGCAUAUUUGCUUAAAAUUUUGUUCUUCAUACUACAUGUUUAAUAUGUGAAAAAAAAUUUAGGGCUCACGCCCACUGCUGUGAGGGUCAAGCAGUCUGAAAAUCAAGAUACCUUAACCACUCAGUCCUGGAGACCCUAAAAAACAUGUGGAAAUUAUCUGCAGAUCAAGUUAGCUUUGUCAUACAAAAUAUUGUCUAAUUAAUACAACAAAUACUAGAGAUAAUAGUGUUACAGGUAUCUGUUUCUAUACUAAGUGAAUAUAUAUAUAUAUGUAAAGGUGAACGCAGUAGCAAGAACACUUAUUUUACGUUGAUUGAAAUUAACGCAUAUUUAAUAUUGUUUGACUGUUUAUGUCACGCCGGCACAGCUCAAUAGGGAGAGCGCAGAGAAACGGAUCGCGGGGUGGAGAGUUCGAUCCUUGUGCGAGGCAGGUGAUAAAAUGCAUUGUGUCUGAAAUAAUUCGUCCACUACCUUUGGUUCACGUGGGGAUGGAAAUGGACAGUUCCUUGCGGAGAAUAGGUUAGAACUGAUACAGAAUCCAGGAACACUGGUCAAAUGCUGCUAUUGAUUAAAUAUUAAAGUUUAGGCGCAUAUUCCGACUUGAUAAUAAAGUUGCUUGAACAUUG